AUGUCUGCAACACCGGAUACCGGGAGCUGUUUGAUAGCGAACCAUUUGAGCUGGACAGUCGAUGAGGUUAUAGAGUGGGCAUUUGGGGAACUGCAGCUGACAGGAGGUGCGAAAAUGGCAGAGACAGCAGGUCCUGAAGCUGCAGGCGGAUGCGAAAAGGACGGUGUGACUGGCGCGCAGCCUGAGGGGCUUGGCGGCUUAACCGAGGCGGGCGGCGCGGGUACUGCGCCGACGUUGGAUUCCUGUAGACGUAACUUUCGGCAGCACAAGAUCACAGGCGAUGUGCUGCCCUUUCUAACGCUGGAUGACUGCAAGCAGUUGUUCGACGGCGAUGCGCGACUGGGUGUGAAGUUCAAGAUAGCCAUCAACGGACUCAAGAGAUUCGAAAGCGGCACUACGGCCAUCAACAAGGAGCUCGUGGCAACAUUGAACAAUCUGCAUAAUACGAUCGCCGAUAAGCUGCAGGAAUACCAAUCGCAAUACGCCCGUCUGCGUGUGGAUAUUCUAGAGGUAAUGAAACGGAGCAUUACGCCGUCGUCCGGUAUCGCCCCGGGCGCGCAUACGCACCACUCUACACAGAUGCAGGAUUAUUUUGAAAGGCCACAGCAGCACGGUCACUCGGGACAUCCGUCGCCCAUCUCACCGCGUAAUCACCCGGCGGCGCCCGCUGCCCAGCGGAGAACCAGUUCCAAUAACCCUCCGGGUAUUGGCGUGGCGGGUCCUCCGCCUCCAGUUGUUCCUUCGAACGCAGGGAUAGCCACCUCAGGAAACAACAGUUCCGGGCAGGUAUCGACAACUGCUAGCCCCAACGAGCCGCUGAAGCAGCUGCGGGCAUCCAAAGAGGACUCUACAGAAAAGAUUCUGAAAAAUGCUAUGAAGAAACAUAACCUGAACGAGGCGGACUGGCGGCAGUACGUGCUUGUUAUAUGCUAUGGCGACAAGGAGAGAAUCCUAGAAAUGGACGAGCAGCCCGUAGUAAUAUUCAAAAGCUUAAAGCAACAGGGCCUCCAUCCCGCAAUUAUGCUGCGGCAGAAGGGUGACUUCGAGGAAGUUGGCGAUCUGACACCAGGAGGUAGAUUGUAG